AGAAAAGGAACGAAUUAAUUGAAAUGAAACCACAAUGAAAAAAGUUUUUUGUUUCAAUAGGAUCAUCUAAGAUGUAUACCUUGAUUUAUAUUCAAGAGUGAACUGACGUAGAUGCUAGAAGUUCCCUUUAUUUGCCGUUGUCAUGAUUCUUUUAAGAAAAAGAAAAAGAAAAAAUGAUGAUUUCAAAAAAGAUUGACCUUCUAGAGGAGCUGGAUGAAACGAAAAUUUCAUGUCCGGUUCUGAAUUAGAGAUUUAGA